AUGUUCUCUGGGUUCUUCUCUCGGUUUUCAUUGACCGGAAGCAGCACCAUCAUGGGUGCUCAAAGCUCCACAAGCCCCACAGAGGCCAUUUCAAAGCUAAAGGACAUGAUAGUUGAGCUAGAAAAAAAGGAAAAAUACAUCUAUAAAAAGAUCGAGAAUGAACUGGAAAUUGCCAGAGAUAAUGCCACAAAAAAUAAGCGAGGUAUUGUGGAGGCUUUGUCCUGA